AUGUAUUGGAUAUUUUUAGCGGUUAUCAUUCAAAUACACUGCUGGAAAGGACUUGAGGAUGGUUUUAAAUAUGAAAGACUGCAUAUGUUCGGUUUGGGGAGGCCAUUGGUUAAUUUGCGCAGUGAGAACGCAUACGCAUACCCUGAAGAACUGGUGACGAAGAAACAAAUUUAUAUUCGAUCUCCUUACAGAAGCAUCUAUCAAGGAGUGAGGUCGAAGAGGGACCAUAGAGUAUACAAUAAAAAGUUUCUAUAUCCACCACGAAUCAGGGGACACCAUAUAUUUUGUCAAGGAGUGUUUGACUGUGUUUUGACCCACGUGUCAAUAGAGACGAAUGCCAGUAUACCCUUCAUACUCCGAGGAGGUGUGGGCUACAGACACUUCACCAUCGCCAUCAGAGCGGACCCGGGAGAAAUACUAUCAGGUCGAGUGAAAGCCUACUGUAAUCAGAACUCAACCACGCCAACACCAUUUAUACACAGAUUAUAA